UCAGCAGCUACCUUAUUGCAAACAAAAUCUAAUCCAAAUGUGAAAAGUAUGAAAAGUUUUAAGAACACAAAUGGUUUUUAUGUAUAUUUUGGCAUACAAGAAGGAUUAAAAGCGAUAAUCACUGAUGAAUACACGGAGAGCACUAUUAGCUUAUUAUUUAAUAUUGAUGGCCUCCCAUUAUAUCACGGUUCAAGCGAACAAUUUUGGAUUAACUCGGGGCUUGUUCUACACAAUCAAUACGAGUGUCAACCAUUUAUUGUUGCUGCAUAUAGCGGAAAUUCGAAGCCACAAAGUGUAGAUGAAUUUUUACAGGAUUUUGUCACUGAAGCAAGUUAUUUAGUUCAAAAUGUUGCAACUAUUGGCCAAAGAGAAUUCAAGGUAGAAAUUAUUGGAUUUUCUUGCGAUACACCCGCAAGAUCGUUUAUUAAAAAGUGUAAAGGCCAUGGUGGCUUUUAUGCUUGUGAGCGAUGUGAAACAAGAGGCAUAACCAAACAUAAGAGAAGAGUUUAUCCCAGCAUGAAUUCUAAACAGCGGACUGACGAUUCCUUCAGAAGACAGCGACAAAAGGAGCAUCAUUUAGAAGGCAGAUCACCAUUGCUGGAUAUAACACAUUUUGACCCUGUCAGAUCAGUAUUUUUGGAUUCCAUGCAUUUAUUUUAUUUGGGAAAUAUGAAGUGGAUUUUGGAACAAUUGCUUGGAAUAAAUAAGAAAAUCAAUCGCAAAUGCAAACUUCAUACUCGCGAUGUAAAACUAUUAAAUUCCAAUUUAAAAAUAUUGUUGAGAUAUGUACCUAAAGAGUUCCAAAGAAAAACACUGGACUUAGACGAAUUGAGUCAUUGGAAAGCAACGCAGUAUCGUUUUUUUUUACAUUACUGUGGGGCCCUGGCGUUACGUAAUGUUCUAUCUAAAAAUAUGUUUCGACACUUUCUUCUCCUUGUAGUUGCAUGUAGAAUUCUUUGUAACCCAGAUUUAUGCUUAAAACAUACCAAUUAUGCCAAAGAAUUGUUAAGAAAAUUCGUUGAGCUUCUUCCGUCAUUUUACGGUCCAUAUUCACAAGUUAUAAACAACCAUAACUUAAUUCACGUAGCAGAUGACGUGGAGUUCACGAAAUUGUCUCUGUCCGAGAUUUCCGCAUUCCCCUUUGAAAACAAGCUUGGUAAAAUUAAACGAAAAAUUCGAGGAAAGAAAAAACCUGUGGCACAGUUAGUUAGAAGAGAAUCCGAAGAAAGAGCAUGCCCAAUAAUAAUGAAGAAGAACGCUAUUCACAGAAAAAGAGAUGUCAUAGUUAAUCCUGAUAUUCCAGAUGAAUAUGCAGUUGAUCUAGAGAGUAUUAUUCUACAUGGAGUAGAAAUAAAUACGUCAAAGCCCAACAGCAUUGUACAAUUGGAUUCCAAUGAGAUACUUAGAAUUACAAAGAUGAAAAGAGAAGGGCAGAAUAUUUUUGUGCAUGGUUUUGGAUUCAAAACAGUCAUGGAUGUAUUCAAAUUUCCGUGUGAAUCAACAAAAGUAGGAAUCAUGAAACUCGGCCGAUUGUCUCGAAAAGAAAAAAUUGUCUCUCUAAAAAAUAUCCGAAAGAAAUGUGUUCUUUUUGAAAAUGAUAGCAAUACUUUCGCAGUCACAUUUCUUCAUAAUACGUAAACUUAUUUCUUUCAGGUAAAAAUUUAUAA